AUGCUCAACCGCAAGACCAGCCACUUUUUGGGAAUGAGGGUGCAGUCGGAACUUGAACAUUUCUCCGAGCUGCGGCGGGAAGCGGGGAAGGAUCGCAUCUCAGUGCGUGGGUCGGCCGCGCGGACGCGAGCGAGUGUGCGGACCCAGUCGACGGCGGCGGCGGCGGCGAAAGCGGAUGAAGACCCCGGAGCCAACUUGUUCCCGCCGCCGCUGCCCCGACCCCGGAUCUGCAUGUGGAAGUACCUGGACAUCCAUUCCAUGCACCAGCUGGAGAAGACUACCAGUGCUGAGGAGAUGAGGCAGGUGUUGGCUGAGCUGCUGGAGCUAGGGUGUCCUGAGCAGAGCCUGCGGGACGCCAUCACCCUGGACCUCUUCUGCCACGCGCUCAUCUUCUGCCGCCAGCAGGGCUUCUCACUGGAGCAGACUUCAGCAGCUUGUGCCCUGCUCCAGGAUCUUCACAAGGCUUGUAUUGCAACCCCCUUGGGCAACGUGGAGGAGUGCUACCACUACUUCACCAGCGUUCUUUUUUGCCAUGGAGUCAGGCGGCCUCCUUUCAGCAUCGACCUCUUCAAAGAGGAACAACUGCUGGCCCUGGAAGACUACGUGGUCAACACUUACUUCCGCCACUUCAAACUCUAUAAAUACGUCUUCACACCCCAGGUGCGGCUGGAUCUGUCUUUGACUUACAUGGGGCUACAGCCACCCAAAUUGUGGCCAGAGAGUGAGACGGAGAAAGAAGCAAGCAAGGAGGUGGAGGAGCAGGCAGUUACGCCGCAGGAAGAGGAACUAGAGACAGUAGCCCCGCCAGAGCCGGAGCCAAGCCACGUCCACAUCCUCCGAGCCUACAUCAAGACCCAAAUGAACAAGGAGCUGGAGGAGCUCCAGCAGCUGGUGGAAGAGCAGCUCAAGGCCAGCGAGGAAAGGCUCAGCAGCAAGUUGACUGCACUAGAGCGGCCCUUCCAGCUACCUCCGGGUAAAGGCAAGAGCAAGACCAAGUGACCCCCAGCAUUUUCCCCAAUAAAGGUCUGGGCCAGAAUGGCCCCAUCCCUGCA